AUGACCUCUCAAAGUGAUGCUAAGUCUCCAUCCUCAGCAUUGACGUUCAGCUUGCCAGAUUAUGACCUCGGAAACAUGCCUAUCGUUCCAGACCCACCUGACGCUAGCCCGUUAUCUUUCGCCACUGCAACAGAGAGGAGCUUCACGGAUGCUCCAAAAUUAACGACUCUCACUAUGACAUCUUCCGAUCCAGACAUAAAACCUAUUGUCGGCGGGCUAGAUUGGAAAAAGAAGACGAUGGAAAUCAAUGGUAAAAUAAAGCCCAUAGCAGAGCUCAAAAGCAAAACCAGCGGGUCGUCGUUCGACUUAACGCGUGAAUGGACCUGGGGGACAAGCAAGUACGUGGUCAGCACCAAGAAGGGUGUCUGGAUGGCGAAACGCGGCGAAGACUCAAUCGCCGUUUUAACACGUCUGAUCCGCCACCCUUUCAAGAAGGAUGAGCUCCGCACAUUGACCUUCCAUGUUAACCUUUCGGAAGAAGAAAUGAUUUUCCUUAUUUUAAUCCUGAUGUAUCAGGAUUUAAAACUCCCACCAGAUCAAAGGCCAGUUACCUUCAAGGCUGCAGCAGGUGAUGCAGCAGUAAAUACAACUGCGACUGUAGUUGGCAAUGUAGCAACAGCGGGGCUAACAUCUUGCUGCAGUAUCCAAUGA